AUGUAAUUCAUUCUUAUUCUUAUGUCUUAAGCAUUUGGUGAUUAAAUAGUAUUAUCGUAAAUUUUAUGGAGAAAUGGUGCUAGUACUCCACUUCAUUGUAAUUGGAAAUGCUAAGAAUUUGAAUAAUAGGGAAUAUUAAAUGAUUAUUUGACACCAAUAGGAAUGAGAUAACAUUAUGUUUUAGGAUAAUGGUUAAGAAAGAGAUACAUUGAGGAUUUGAAACUCUUGAGUUAGUUUUACAAUGAAGCAGAAAUCUAUAUAUAAAGCACAGAUGUUAAUAAAACAAUAAUGAGUGCAUUGAGCAAUUUUUAAGGCAUAUAUCCAAUAGGAACAGGUCCAAAACUAAAUCCAAAUUUGAAUCACUCUUAUUUACUUCCUCCAAAUUAGUUAAUAUUUGAAGAUUUAGGAAUUGAAGCUAUUCCAGGAUUAUUACAAGUAGUUCCAGUACAUGUGAUAUAAAGAUAGGCAGAUAUAUAUCUGAGAGGAUAUGAUGCUUUGGCUUGUCCAAGGAAUGAAGAAAUAAUAAAUAAAAAUGUCAAGUCUAAAUUAUACUAUGAAAUUAAUAAUAGGACUCAAUCCUUAAUAUUAGAUUUUGCAAAAUAAUUAGGAAUUGAUGCAUCUCAUUUAGUAUAUUUGAUUAACAUAUAGAACAUUACAGAUUUAUACAAAUAUUAGGACACUUUCGAUUCAUGUGAAUUUAAUAGAUAUGACUUACCGUAACUAGAGGAGAGUACUAAAUAAUAGAUGAAACUUCUACAAAAUUUGUAUUUCUCAUUAGAACAUAAUAUAGAUUUUGAGUAUUUGAUUGAUAUAUUAAUUUUAGAUAAACUCGUCUUUUAGCUACACCAUUUUUUAGAAAUAUAUUAUUGAAUAUGUAGGAUGUUAUUAAUAAUCAGACAGAAAUUAAGUUCAGAAUAUUUUCUGCUAAUGAUGCUAGUGUUCAAUUAAUCUUAAAUGGUCUUAAUUUAACAACAGUUGAAUGUUUAAAAUAAGUUUAUUUAAAAGAGGAAGUAGAGAAUAAGAAUUGUAUAUACACAUAUCCUGGUUAUGCUAGCAAUAUUAUUUUCGAAUUAUAUAGAAAACUAGGUUAGGAGAAUUAGUAUUAUGUUUAAAUUUUAUAUAAUGGUACUUUAAUGCCAAUUUGUAAUAAUAAAUACAAAUGUGAUUAUGAAGAAUUUAAUUCAAUUAUUUAAUUCUAAAAUGUAAAUGAUUAUGAAGAUGAAUGUUGGAUAGUAUUUAUAAUAUUAUGUUUUAGACUCCAAAAACUUAAAUAAAGAUAGCCACUUGGUUAUUUAAAACAAAUAGUGUUAUAAUAAUUUUAUUAUUCAUAAUCUCCAUUUUCAUUAUUUAUUUAUUGAUUAGAUAAAGUAGAUUAGAAAUGUAUACAAAAGUAAAAUAAUAAGUUGAAGAUUGA